AUGAAGGAUCGAAGUGGACAGAUUUUGGCCAUAGGCAUUACCUUCUUGAUCCUGUCAUGGCUUACUGUCGGUCUCCGGUGCUUUGUACGCAUCCACAUGGUCAAGGGCUUUGGAAUUGACGACUAUACAAUGGUCGUCACGCUGCUCUUCUUCACAGGAUACUUGAUAUCACAGAUUGGUGGCGCCAUCAACGGAUCUGGCGUGCGCCGCAUACACCUUACCGACGAGAGCGCUCAGACGGCUCUUCACUUUUGGUUCUUCUGCGAAAUCUUCUACACGUUGUCGACAUGUAUGCUCAAAAUCUCCGUCGGCUUCUUCUUGCUACGCAUCACCAUUGUGCCGCUUCACAUCUGGAUCAUCCGUCUCAUCAUGGUCGUGUCUGGACUCGUGGGAAUUGCAUACACGUCCGUUGUCAUCUUCCAGUGCAAGCCCAUCUCAUAUUGGUGGAAUCUCAAUCCGAACGCCGUCGGCUCCUGCCUCUCUCCGGUACUGGUCAUGAACUUCACUUUUGUGGUCUCUGGACUCAACGCCUUUGCCGACUGGGUCUUUGCCAUUCUUCCCGUACUUAUCGUUCAGGGCCUGCACAUGAAGAAGCGCAUGAAGGUGGUUGUAGCCUCGGUCAUUGCCCUGGCGGCCAUUGGUUCUACAGCGACCAUCAUUCGCUUGCCGUACACAACAACAAUCAAGGGAUACAAAGGUGACUUCCUCUUCCGGACAACUGACUUUGCGAUUUGGAGCACUGUCGAAGUAGGCCUUGGCAUAUCAGCUGGAUCAAUUGCGACGCUCCGACCACUAUUGAAGCAGGCGUUUGAAAUUACCCGAUCAGCUUCAGCCAUGCCGUGGAGCAAGCCUUCACUCAAAUCAGGACAAGAGCAGUCCGGCCAUCAACUUAGCGUGAUCAAGCCUUCGAUUCAAAAGUCCAUCACCAUUACCACUUCGCGGGCACGGCGGGGAAGCAAAGAGUCGGACGAGGAAAGAUUCCUUAGCUCGAGCAUGCCGUCAGAAGCAUGGCAGCAGCAACAAGGGCUACCGGGAUACAUUACAUCCACCGUUUUGGAUGGGCAAGGUGCGCAGGUUUCAAUGGAUAGAAGUCGGAAGCAGGGGCAGAAACAGAAUCGGCGAGGCAGUCCUGGGGGCACCAGCCAAUCGACUGUCGAGAGCAAAGAGUCUGGAAAAGCACCAAAAGCCCAUGUACACGAACGUUUUUAG